CCAUCACCAUUGUUUUUCCGCUGUUUGGAGCGUGCACUUGGCGUUGCUCUUCACUCGGCGAUUCGUUUUUCUUCUUCUUCUUCUUAAUAUCUGGCAAUAGUAACGCGUUUUUUUUUAAUAUCUCUCAAAUUCCGUAAUUGUCUAAUUCAUUGAUUCCCUAAUUUCCGUAGUUCCGCUAAUCGGCGGGUAGCUCCGUGAUAUUGUGGGUCUUCGUGACGCAGCCCUGGCUCGCCCGCCUGGUGCGUAUCUGAGGAUGACCGCGUCGCUCGCGUCGUCCUUUCUCGCAGCGCCCCACCCCCGCGCCUUCCGCUCUCACAUCACCGGCGGCGUUAUGCUGCCUACGUGGACAGCCCCGAGUGGCCGUAUAAUCUCUUGCAACGUCGCACAUCCCUCGCGCACGUCCGUCUUUGCACACGUCGCCGGCGCCUCCUCUGGACCUCCGGCCUGUCGCGAUUCAGCGAACACCACCUUCCCUUCGCAAGGCUCUUCGCCCGAGCAGCAGCACUUAGCCAGCGUUUCGCAAGCCCCGCUUCCAGCGUCGUUGGUAACACCUGCGAAAUCGCUCGCGAACAGCAGCAGCAGCAGCAUCGCCGCCUCGUCGCUCCUGGCUGGGACGCUGGGGUCGGCUGCGUAUCUCGCGCUGCGAAACGCCUUAUCACCCUCCGCGAUCCGGCCCAUGAUUCCACUGGGUCCUCCCAGCGGGAUCGUCCCGCGUGCUACAAGCGCGGCACCAGCGGCACUGGCAGCAAUGGCGGCCACCUUCCCCCGGGCCAUGCAGGAGGAGGCGUUUCUGAGGGCGGUGGCUGCUGAGCUGAGCAAGCUGGGCUUUAAGAGGACCAACAGCAUUGCUCUGGUCAACACAUGUCGCGACGAAGUGUGCCGCCCGAUCGUGAGCCUGAUAGACCGGCAGUUCGGGCUGUCGUUCAACCUUUCAGGGCUGGGAGGGCUGGUGAACUGCGGCACCACGGGCUUUAAGGCCGCCAUGUCGCACUCGCCUGAGUUUCACGAGCCGGACGGUUCGGUGCGAGAGAGAUACAUCUUCUUCGCCUUCCCCCACGUGUCCAUCGGCGAGUCGGGCGAGGUGGGCUCUUUACUGCGACGAGGCAGGGGGCGGCCGUCCAGUGCAUGCGGCGCGCUGAUCGCCAUUCAGAGCGAUUUGAAUGAGGGGAAGGGGAGCAAGGAGGACCCCUUUGACGAGGAGUAUGUGCUGCUGAAGAGAAAAGUCUCCAGCAAGGUGACCAAUGGCGGCCCGCCUCUGUCACUUGUACAGGUAACGCGGGCGGCACUGGCUACUAUUAACGAGGACCUGGAGAAGCUUAUAUCGCUGACGGUGGACCCUGCUACCGCCGACUAUGCAGUCGUCACGGGUGUGCAGAUACACUCUGGAAAUCAGAUUCCUGGCGAGCCGUUUCGAAUUGAACGCACCUGCGACUACAUAUCUCCUGAUUUGAUGUACGCUGUAGUGCGAGGCCAGCGAUACAACCUUCAAUUGCAGGCAAACAAAUCCAGACUUGCUGCAGAGAGCCUGGCUGCAAGUAUUUGAUGUGCAUAGAGGACACUAGUAGCAAAAAACAAUUGCUUUUCGUCUGCAGCUAUGUACAUAGCCUUUGUAUAUAUGCCUUGUUAUGAACUGUUAUGUCUUGUGCCGGGUAAUUCAAAAGCGGAGGUUUGAUAGGUGAGC